CCGGUCGAGACGGCCCACGAAUUGCCGGAAUUACCCGAAUUAACUGUCCGCCAAUUUUAUGUCGGAUCCCACUUCGUAAUAGCCCAGACUAGUGAGCACCGAGUGUUUGUUUGGGGCCAUUUGGGUGAACAUGGAAAGCCUGUUAAUAAACGUAACUAUUGUAAGCCUCACAAGAUCUUAUUCGACAAUAUUUGUGAUAAUAUUGUAAUCACGCAAAUAAGUUGCGGCGUUAGUCACGUACUAGUACUGGACGAUAGAGGACGGGUUUUUGGGUGGGGCUGUAAUUGGUGCGGGCAGCUAGCCGUCGAUCCAAAUGUAUUUAUGCCAAACGCAGUUGAAAUACAAUUUCCGGAACAAUAUGUCAUUGAAAAAGUUGUCGCCUCUUAUUGGGUAUCAUUUGCCAUUACAUCCGAUGGACAGGUGCUUAUGUGGGGUGAGAAUGUGCAGGCUACUAACAACAAUUAUAAACAGGCCUUGAUACCUAAUUUAUACGCUGUCAAGAAUAUAUAUUGGAUAGAGAAAAAUCGUUUCUGUUUCAUACAAAUGCCUUUCUAUGAGAACACAUUACUCGACAUAAUGAUCGCUAAACCACACGCUUUCGGUCGAAAAUUUGGUCAAACCAUGGAUUACAUGGAGUUUUACAUAACGUGUGAAUUGUUCGCCCAAUUAGUCGAUGGCAUGAGUUAUUUGCAUGGCUUGAGUCCACCGAUAAUUCACCGAAACCUCAAGACUACCAAUAUAUUUGUCACCAGCGAUGGCCUGGAUAACUCGUUUAUCAAAAUAGCCGAUUAUGGGUUCGAAAAGUUUGAUAAACUGGGGGUCAAACCGGUUGCUAAAAGUGGUUACGAGGGUCUGUCGAAAUACACGGCACUUGAGGUUAUCAAAGGCCGUAAGUAUGGACUUAACGCCGAUGUCUAUAGUUUGGGUAUUAUUGGCGAUGAAUUUUUUGAAGUCUAUUCAAAAAUGUAA